AUGCCUGCGUUGGCGGAGUCCGAAGAUCCUUUGCAGUGGAGGUUUGAGGAGCCGGAUGGGAAGCAAAGCGAGCUGCGCCCCAGCAGCUGGGAGAACGAUCUUUGCCAGGUAAAACUUCUGGCGAUGCAUCGCCCGACGCACGAUCCGGAUCGGAUGAAGGCCGGUGAUUACCCCUUCAGCUGGCACCUGGGGGGCCGAAAGCGGCUGUGGGAGCUGAGGCUACAAAUGCGCUUCAAAGAGAUACCCAAGGAGCCGCUUUUCUUCGCAUUGGAGCUCAGCCGCUUCGUCGAGAUCUCUGGCAUGACACGCCAAGCGCAGAAGGCAUUGGUCAGCGCUUGCCAAGCCGUUGCAGACUGCUACCACUCAAAUGGGGAUGACCCCAGCACUCUGCUGGCUAGACGAGAGGCCGAGCCCCCGACCUUUGCGAUGCCCCUGUGGGCCUUCGACCAGUUUGAGGUGUCGACUCCCGGCGCGGAGCCCGACCUUGCAGGCAACCUCGAUGGCGUAGGUAUGCGUCGCAAUGAUGGUGCUGCAGCUUACGUGUCAUCCCUGAAGAAGGCAUUGGCAGAGCUGUCGACCGAGCGUGUUUACACCUUCUGCUUCUGGGGUGUCUCGCAGUUCUUGGACUGCGUGCGUUGGGAGGUCACCGGAGGGAUCUUGCCUGGAGUGACCAUGGACUUCGACAGGCUCUGUGGCCGGCCUCCUGUGUAUUUCAGCGUCUAUGCGCUGCGCCCAGCAGGUGCAGAAAAGCGGCACCUGCAGUCAAUGAAGAGGACUUUUUUUCGUAUGUCAGCCUGGAGCUCACUGCAUCCACCAGACAAAGAGGGCCCGAGCCAGUCGGUGACGAACGCGGAUUUCAGCUGGGACGGCUACGGAUCUUACGACUUGCUGGACCGCGCCAGCGCCGGCACCCUCGGCCGGGAGCUGAAGGAAGACCUGCGAUUUAUUAUGGCUGCAGCGUGGCCCCAGGCAGUGCAGUUGCUUGCGGAGAGUGGAAGCAAUGCGAACAUCAUCACCUUCAAUGCGACAGCAACGGCUUGUGCACGGGGACGACAGUGGCAGGUGAGCUUGGACCUCGUCCAGGAAAUGCUGCGCCGGGGAAUUGAGCCCAGCCCGUCGACCUGGGGGGCCCAGGCAGCCGCCUGUGAGCGAGGCUCUCACUGGACCGGUGCUCUUCAGACGUUGGACGACAGCCGAAUGCACGGGAUUGAGCCGCACGUGAUCACCAUCAGCUCAGUGAUCAAAGCGUGCGGCACCGUCCAACGUUGGGAUCUCAGUCUUCGGCUCCUUCACGAAGCGCAAGCGAGUGGAAUUGACGUCGAUGUCAUCACCUUUAACUGCGCGCUCGGAGCCUUAUCACGGAGCGCGAGGUGGCAGGAGGCUCAGGCUCUACUGAGCGAGAUGGAGGGAAGCCACUGCCUCCCUGAUGAUGUUAGCUACAAGCUGAUGGCUGAUGCUCUUCGUGGUGCACCAGGGGAGGCAGCCCUCCAGGUGGCCAGCCCCAGCAUAGCCCAGGCCUGCCAGGCCAAGAGCAGUCUGCCCAUCGACAAAAGAGCUUUGGCAGGAAGGCUCUAUGGGCACGAGCCGGUUCUUUGUACAGCGGUGGUGGAAGCCCUGCUCAGCGCCAAGACGGAUGCAGAGCAUGUGGUUGACGCCACUUUCGGGGGUGGCGGCCACUCCAGGGCUUUGCUUCGUCAUCUCCCAAGCACAUCGAAGGUGUUUGCCUUUGAUGUGGAUGCCAGUGCGAUGGCAGAGGCUCGACGCACAGCUUCCUCAGAUCCGCGGCUGGUGCCCAGGCAUGCAGCUUUUGGCAGUCUGCACCAGGUACUGCCCCCUGGACUGGCUCUCAGGGGCCUCCUCGCUGAUCUCGGUGUCUCCUCAAUGCAGCUGGAUCGGAAGCACCGUGGCUUCUCGCCCAUUGAGGACGGCCCGCUGGACUUGCGCAUGAACCCCGAAAUUGGCCUCUCAGCCUCGCAGUGGCUGGACAUUGUGUCGCCAGAAGAGCUCGCUUGGGUGCUCCGCGAGUAUGGCGAGGACCGUGAUCCCCUCCUUGCAGCGCGCCUGGCUGAGGCUAUAUGCGCCCGGCGCCCGCUGCGACGCACAACUGAGCUCGCAGAGGUCGUGGCUCAUGUCAAGGCAAAGACCCUUGGCAAGAACCCGUUCGAACAGCCAGCGAGGCUGACUUUCCAGGCAAUUCGCUCCCACCUCAACCAGGAGUUCUCACAGCUCUGCGCCCUCCUGGCAGCGACUGUGCAGCGCUUGGCCACGGGCGGGCGGGCCGUCAUCAUCUGCUUCAAGGCGAAAGAGGUCUCAACGGUGCGCCAAUGGCUUCGCCAGCAUGAGGAGCCGAGUCCUGAGAUUGCAGCGGCCUGGCCAGAGGAGCGCCUCCUCUCCUUGUAUCCACUUCUCCAGCGAAGCUGCGAGGACCAGCCCUGGUGUGUCACGGAAGCCCUGCGCCCGCUGAAGCCAGAACCCGCCGAGGUGCAGGCCAAUGCUCGUGCACGGAAUGCUCGUGCUCUCGUACUUGAAAAGCGCGAAAGAUCGUUUGGA